CGAUCUGUGGACACGGCUCUCUCGCUCGCCUCCGGCCGUCUGCGCUGAACCAAUGGACCUCCGCCGAGCCGCCGCACGAUUCCGGAUUCCAGCUUUGGACGCCUAAAGUUUUUGGUUUUUGUUUUAUUAUAUUAUUAUUAUUAUUGUUUUGUUUUGGAGGGGGGAUCGGGAGGGGAGAGUCUUCAACGCCACCAACGUGAGAUUCCACCCCCCCACCCCCCACCCCCGCUCUGGAAGGAUUCCUGCUGAUGUCUGCAUAGUCGGUUAGAGUAAAAACGGCGCAUGCCUUCCCCGGAGUCAGGACCCGUGGAUUCUGACGUAGCCCGUGCAUCUUAAAAUCCUAUAAUAACGCCUAGGCAUUGAAGUUGCCAUGGCCAUUCCGAUCUGGAACCAAAUGGAGAAACUACGAAAUUUCUUCCGUACGACCGCCGGCUGGGAUGCAGACCUUCCUGCCUGCUAGGAGCCAGGGCUCUGCCCAUAGAGAUGCAUAGAUGUGUUUAUCAGUGUGUCGGCGUGUGAGUAUACAGCGCUGGUUUCUUUAGGCUAUUAGUGGUUUGACCUUGAACCUGUACCAGUGAAACGGCAAAUUACUUUUAUUUAUGUAUUUCAUGGAUUGAAGAAAAUAACGUGUUUUUUCCCCCUCUCUGCAACCGCAGUAAGGGAGGGGAGUUGAAUAUACCUCGCCUAAGAUUUCCCGGGUUGGCACCAUCAUUAUUGUUUAUCCCUGUGCUCCAACAGCCCAGCCUUCUGAUGGCUCCCUUAGGUGAAGUUGGGAACUAUUUCGGUGUGCAGGAUGCAGUACCGUUUGGGAAUGUGCCCGUGUUGCCGGUGGACAGCCCGGUUUUGCUAAGUGACCACCUGGGUCAGUCCGAAGCAGGGGGGCUUCCCCGGGGACCUGCAGUCACGGAUUUGGAUCAUUUAAAGGGGAUUCUCAGGCGAAGGCAGCUCUACUGCAGGACUGGAUUUCACUUGGAAAUCUUCCCCAAUGGUACUAUCCAAGGAACCAGGAAAGACCACAGCCGAUUCGGCAUUCUGGAAUUUAUCAGUAUAGCCGUGGGCCUUGUCAGCAUUCGAGGCGUGGACAGUGGACUCUACCUCGGCAUGAAUGAGAAGGGGGAGCUGUACGGAUCAGAAAAACUAACCCAAGAGUGUGUAUUCAGAGAACAGUUUGAAGAAAACUGGUAUAAUACGUACUCUUCGAAUCUCUAUAAACAUGUGGACACUGGAAGGCGAUACUAUGUUGCAUUAAAUAAAGAUGGGACCCCAAGAGAAGGAACGAGGACUAAACGGCACCAGAAAUUCACACAUUUUUUACCAAGACCAGUGGACCCUGACAAAGUACCUGAACUAUAUAAGGAUAUUCUCAGCCAAAGUUGACAAAGACCAUUUCUUCACUUGAGCCCUUAAAAAAGUAACCACUAUAAAGGUUCUGUGCAGUGGGUUCUUAUUGAUUAGCUGUGUCAUCACAUCUGCUCCACUGUUGCCAAACUUUGUCGCAUGUAUAACAUAGGAUGGAGGCUUGGAUGGGGACGUGCUGACUUUGUGUUGCACUUACAGGCCUGUCCUCUGGGAGGCCUGCCUGUGCCCACUUGAUUUAUUGUGAGAAGAGACAAGGGUGUGUGUAUGUUAGUGUGUGUAUGAGUGAGUGUGAGUGGAUGAGAAGCAGGAAAUCAAAGACAGGAGCAAAGUAGAAGAUGGUGGCCUGAUGCAUGCUGGGGAAUAGACACACUUUCACAUGUCCAAUCAGUUGUCCUUCAGCUGGUAUCAGCACAGCUGCCACACUUUGACUCAUGAGAUCUUGGCUGGUGGCCUGCUCAAGGGUACACUGCAUUUGCAAAGGCAUGGAGGGUGCAGUCUUACUUAAGAGACCUUUUCAGUUAAUUCUCACUGGUGCCAUCCCAGUGAAUUUAAAGCAAAGAUCUCUUAGUAAAAA